AUGAAAAGUAAGGACGGUACAACGACAGUCCAAAUAGAAAGAUCUGCCACCUGGUCCCUUUUUGAUAAUAAAAAUCAGAAAAAUGCAAAGAAUGACAGCCGUGACAACAGCACAAAGUCGAAAAGAAGCAAACGUCCGAAAACGCCAAAAGUAUCAAUGCUGAGGUUAUUUCGAUUCUCCACAUUUACUGAACGCAUUCUAUUAUGUUUCGCAACAAUCUUUUCAAUCGGCGCCGGCGCACUCCAACCAGUGUCUAUUUUGAUCUACGGUACAUUUAUCAAUAAUUUAACAUCGAAUCUAUCUGAUCCAAGCAGCUUGCUCGAGUUGACUUUACCGGUAAUCCGUAUUAUGGCUUAUAUGGGCACAGCCUCGUUGAUUGCUGCCUAUGCAUCCAAUUGUUUAUGGGUUCUGACAGGUGAAAAUCAGACCCGACGCAUUCGGUCACUAUACUUACACUCAGUUUUGAAGCAAGAUAUGAGCUGGUUUGAUCAAGCCGCCAAUGAAUCGCUCAAUACCAGGCUGGCAUCAGACACACAAUUGGUGCAGGAUGGUAUUUCUGAAAAAUUUGGACUACUUGUCACCCUCAUUGCACAAUUCGUUGGAGGAUUCGUGGUUGCAUUCAUCAAAGGUUGGCAAGUAGCCGUCAUGAUUCUGGCUGUCGUCCCGCUUCUAAUUGGACUCGGUAGAACGAUGGUCUAUUUUAUAACAAAGUAUGCUAUAAGGACACAAACAGCCUAUGCUGGGGCUGGCUCUGUUGCAGAGCAAGCUUUUCAAGCAAUCAGAACUGUAUACGCUUUCACCCUUCAGGAUAGGUUCUCGAAGCAUUACAGUAUUAAACUGGAAGAAGCCUACAAAAACGGUGUUCGUCGCGCUAUUAGUAUGGGUCUUGGAUUUGGUACUUUCAUGGCUCUCCUAUUCUUCACCUAUGGGCUCGCUCUUUGGUAUGGCUCGAUGAAAGUUGCUCAAGGAGAAUUAACAGGUCCUCAAGUAUUUGUGGCUUUUCUCGCAAUGAUGUUGGGAUCAAUGAGUUUAAUCAAAUUACCUUCAAAUCUAUCUGCUGUAUCAACUGCUUGUGGUGCCGCUUAUAAAAUUUACGAAAUCAUAGAUCGUAUUCCAAAAAUAGAUGUGGAAUCCACUACAGGUCUAGUUCCCAAAAAUAUAAAUGGCUCGAUAGAGUUUCGCCAUGUUCAUUUCAAAUAUCCUACUCGCCCUGACCUUGUCAUACUGGAUGAUUUCAACCUGAAAAUUGAACCUGGCCAGACGGUAGCUUUUGUGGGGCCCUCAGGUUCCGGCAAAUCCACUACUGUUCAGCUUGUUCAGCGAUUCUACGACACCCUUUCCGGUCAAGUCCUUGUAGAUGGCCAUGACGUCAAAGAUUUGAGUGUAAGAUGGCUACGACAACAGAUCGGUGCCGUGUCUCAGGAGCCAGUACUAUUUAAUAUGACUAUCCGUCAAAAUUUACUGAUGGGUGUAGAGGGUGAAGUCUCAGAGAAGUCUAUCAUCGCUGCGUGUGAGGAAGCGAAUUGCCAUACAUUUAUUACUCGGCUGCCAAAUGGCUAUGAUACCUUAGUCGGUGAUCAAGGUAGUAUGCUAUCUGGGGGACAGAAACAACGUAUUGCUAUUGCUCGAGCCAUCUUGAAAAACCCAACUAUCCUUCUGCUGGAUGAGGCAACAUCUGCGUUAGACACACAGUCUGAGCGCCUUGUUCAAAACGCAUUGGAUAAAGCAUCUGCUAAACGUACCACAAUUGUAGUGGCACACCGUCUGUCAACAAUCAUGAAAGCUGAUCUUAUCAUAGUAUUGGACCACGGUAUUAUUGUUGAAAAAGGCACACACCAGCAGUUAAUUGAAUUAAACGGCGUAUAUGCCGAUUUGGUACGAAAACAGGCUAUAAACGUUGAAGAAGCGAAACGCACUUCUGAUGAGAAUGAAUACAACGCUGAUGAAUUGUUACGCCAGGAAGAGUUACAAAUAAAGCAACAAAUGGAUGAUGUGGAGAUGCAACAGAACCUUAGCAAAAUUCGUACAGGUCAUUCAUAUCAUAGUAACAUGAGGGCCUCCGCUGAAAAAUAUCCGCGCGAAAGUAAUGCUAAAGAUAUUGAUGCUUAUGACGUUCAGCAUGAAGAAAAGGAACGCUUGAAAAAAAUAAUGAAAAAACAAAGAGCUCCCGUGUGGAAAGUUUUGAAGUUCAUGCGUCCUGAAUGGAAACUGUUGGCUGUUGCCCUUUGCGGAUCUGCAGUUGCCGGUUGUAUUUUCCCAUUGUAUUCUUUUUGUUUUUCAAGGGUAAUCACAAUCCUAAGUAUUCCAGGCCAGGAAAUUCAGCCGGGUCCACUCGAAGGUACCAAUUUAUAUGCAUUCAUAUUCGUUAUGCUUGGGAUUGUCACGUUCAUCGGUAACGCUUCUCAGCUUUCCCUGUACGAGGUUUGCGGCGAACGGUUUACAAAGAGAUUUCGUGCUAAAAUUUUCUCUGCCUACUUGAAGCAAGAGGUUGGAUUUUUUGACAUGGAAGAGAAUAACAGUGGUGCGCUUACUACAAGAUUAGCGGUGGACGCUCGAAACGUUACUGAAAUGAUAACCAAAACUUGGGGUGAUGUAACUCAGCUUUGCGCUACCUGCAUCUGUGCGUUAGUUAUAGCUUUUAGCCAUAGCUGGGCAUUAACCUUGGUUGUCCUUUGUAUGGCGCCGUUUCUUACCAUUGCUACUGCUUAUGAAUUUCGUAUACAGCGAGGAUACGAAGAUGAAACCAAGAAGGCGAAUGCUGACAGCGGUCAGGUUGCCGGUGAAGCGAUUAGAGAAGUCAGAACUGUAGCCGCAUUAAAUAAGCAAUCAUAUUUCGAAGAUCGCUAUUACCAUGGUACUGAUCGUUCACACAGCCUUGCUAUGAAAAAAGCGUACCUUUCUUCUAUUGCUGCCGGUUUUGGGAAAGGUAUUAAUAUAUAUGCCAAUGCAUUGGCUUUUUAUGCGGGCGCCAGGUUUAUCCAAAAUGGUAUGAUUGAUUUUCAGCAAAUGUUUACCAGUAUGACGGUGAUAAUGACUGCUGCUGAGGCUGCUGGUCGUUGUACAACAUUCGCUUCUGCAUUUUCAAAAGCUAAAAUUGCUGCAAUUGCCUCGUUUAAUGUUCUCGAACGUGCAUCGAAAAUCGAUCCAGAUCUAGAAGGUUUUGAACCAAGCGCGGAAUCUUUGAAAGGAGAUAUUAGCUUCAAGGACAUCAAAUUUGCAUAUCCCGCUAGACCCGAUAUCAAUAUCUUUGACGGAGAAUUCAAUCUCCAUGGUCCUUCUGGUAAGACCAUUGCUUUGGUUGGCCCCUCAGGCUGCGGUAAAUCGACAACUAUUGGAAUGCUUGAACGAUGGUACGAUCCGUUGAAGGGCAAUGUCUCGCUAGAUGAAAUAAAUACACAACAUUAUUCUUUAUAUAAUUUACGAAGUCAUAUGGCACUUGUCGGUCAAGAACCAGUUCUGUUCGACAUGAGCAUCAGUGAAAACAUCAAGUUUGGCGUUGAUGAUACAAAGACCGUCACUGAAAAAGAAAUUGAAGCAGCAUGCAGUGCAGCAAAUAUCCAUGCAUUUAUCUCAGGUUUACCUGAAGGUUACAACACUCGUGUUGGAAAUAAAGGCUCACAACUCUCAGGAGGACAAAAACAGCGUAUUGCUAUUGCUCGUGCACUGAUACGAAAACCUAGGGUGUUACUUUUGGAUGAAGCUACCUCAGCUUUAGAUAGUGACAGUGAAAGACUUGUUCAAGAAGCCUUAAAUAAUAUUUUGGAAGAAGGAGGCAGAACUACUAUCACUAUUGCUCAUCGUUUGUCAACCAUUCAAAAUGCGGAUCUCAUUUGCGUUGUAAAGGAUGGGAAAGUCAUUGAACAAGGAACUCAUAGUGAACUGCUCGCUCUCCAUGGGGUCUACUCAGAAUUGGUCCAUGAACAAUCAUUAUCGGUGUUGUAA